UGUUCUGACGUCUGGUGACACAGAGCCCACCUCUUCCUGUCGGUGUCAGAAAGGCAACUUCACCAUAUUUAGCUGGCUUACCGAAGCCCCGCAGAGUUGAUCUGUCAACCAGACUGAAAACCCUGACACUUCUCGGCGGACACUGCCCGGUGUUGACAGCUUUAUUUUGGCACCGGGACACAAACUACGGAAGACGACGUCGCUGUGAUAUGUUGCGGAGGGACCGUGGCCGCGUCGACGGCUGUUUUUAACGCGAUAAAAGUAACGUUAGCCGUCGUCUGUCAGACUCCAACUGUCCAACAGCCGAGCAAGCCUGUUAGCUAAUUACUGUAGCUACCCCGAGGCUCGCUGUGCAAAAGACACCAAUUUAUGUCGUCUCUGUCAGUGUUCAUCCAUCAGUAGGAAUUCAUCUGGACUCUGUGACCCCGCUGUGAUGAUAUCCUGACAGUUCCUCUCGUCCGUCCCUGACACUUUUCCUAAGCCUGGCUAGCGAGCUAACUUGGCUAACUAGCAGGUUUUCACUGCCACAGCGUCGCGUUGAGCCACCAGUAGCUUUCGCCGUGGCAGUAAAAUCGGAUUAGAUACGCUGACCGAGCGGCGGUGUGCGGACGCGGGGACGCCGAAGACCCCCGGCCGGCGACACGACCGUACCGAAGGGCCACUGUUAACAGUCUGCAGGGAGAGGUGCUAGCAGAGAGCAGGACACUCGGCCAUCCAGCGCGGCAGAGGCGGUGCACUGCCGAAGGAGACACCGGAUUGAACGGAGGAAGAGUCCCUAACGUUUGACUACUGUGAUCCGGGAAGUGAACCGGGCAGAGACCUCAUGAAUGGAAAUCGGAACUACAGGAGCCGUUGGGGCCCAGUCCCUGUUCGCCAUGCCUCGGCGGCCUGGCUAUGGCACCAUGGGGAAGCCCAUCAAGCUGCUGGCCAACUGCUUCCAGGUGGAGAUCCCCAAGAUGGAUGUCUACCUCUACGAGGUGGACAUCAAGCCUGACAAGUGUCCCCGCAGAGUCAACAGGGAGGUGGUUGAUUCUAUGGUGCAGCACUUUAAGGUGACAAUCUUCGGGGAUCGCAGGCCAGUGUAUGAUGGAAAGAGGAGCCUGUACACAGCCAACCCACUGCCUGUGGCCCCCACAGGGGUGGACCUGGAUGUCACUUUACCAGGUGAGGGUGGGAAAGAUCGACCUUUCAAAGUUUCCAUCAAGUUUGUGUCCCUGGUCAGCUGGCACAUGCUCCACGAGGUGCUGACUGGCCGCAGCAUGCCUGAUCCCCUGGAGCUGGACAAGCCCAUCAGCACCAACCCUGUGCAUGCAGUGGAUGUGGUUCUGCGACACCUGCCCUCCAUGAAGUACACUCCGGUGGGUCGAUCCUUCUUCUCUGCUCCAGAGGGUUAUGACCAUCCCCUUGGAGGCGGGAGAGAGGUUUGGUUCGGCUUUCAUCAAUCUGUGCGGCCCGCCAUGUGGAAGAUGAUGCUUAACAUUGAUGUGUCUGCCACUGCCUUCUACAAGGCUCAGCCAGUUAUCCAGUUCAUGUGUGAAGUGCUGGACAUCCACAACAUAGAUGAGCAGCCUCGCCCUCUCACAGACUCACACCGGGUCAAAUUCACCAAAGAAAUCAAAGGUUUGAAGGUGGAGGUGACGCACUGUGGAACCAUGCGGAGGAAGUACCGUGUCUGCAACGUGACCCGUCGGCCUGCCAGCCAUCAAACGUUCCCUCUACAAUUGGAAAAUGGUCAGACUGUAGAGCGCACAGUAGCCCAGUACUUCAGGGAGAAGUACAACCUGCAGCUUAAGUACCCGCAUUUGCCCUGUCUACAAGUGGGCCAGGAGCAAAAGCACACCUACCUGCCCCUAGAGGUGUGUAACAUUGUAGCUGGUCAGAGGUGCAUCAAGAAGCUGACAGAUAAUCAGACCUCCACUAUGAUCAAAGCCACAGCUCGCUCUGCACCUGACAGACAAGAGGAGAUCAGCAGGCUGGUGCGCAGUGCCAACUACGAGGCAGAUCCUUUUGUGCAGGAAUUCCAGUUCAAGGUGCGCGACGAGAUGGCCCACGUGACGGGGCGAGUGCUACCCGCCCCCAUGCUGCAGUACGGCGGCAGGGUGAGCACAGAGCACUUUAUGAACCGCACUGUAGCCACGCCCAGCCACGGGGUGUGGGACAUGAGGGGGAAGCAGUUCCACACCGGGGUGGAGAUCAAGAUGUGGGCCAUCGCCUGCUUCGCCACACAGAGGCAGUGUCGGGAAGAAAUACUCAAGGGUUUCACAGACCAGCUCCGUAAGAUCUCUAAGGACGCUGGGAUGCCCAUCCAGGGCCAGCCAUGUUUCUGUAAAUACGCCCAGGGAGCGGACAGCGUGGAGCCCAUGUUCAGACACCUGAAGAACACCUACGCCGGACUGCAGCUCAUCAUCGUCAUUCUGCCAGGAAAGACCCCUGUCUAUGCGGAGGUAAAGCGUGUGGGGGACACCCUCUUGGGCAUGGCCACGCAGUGUGUUCAGGUGAAGAACGUGGUGAAGACGUCGCCUCAGACGCUCUCCAACCUCUGCCUCAAGAUCAAUGUGAAGCUGGGAGGCAUCAACAACAUCCUGGUGCCUCACCAACGACCAUCAGUGUUUCAGCAGCCAGUUAUCUUCUUGGGAGCAGAUGUUACACAUCCACCUGCUGGAGAUGGGAAGAAGCCUUCUAUUGCAGCAGUGGUUGGCAGUAUGGAUGCUCACCCCAGUAGGUACUGUGCCACUGUGCGGGUCCAGAGGCCCAGGCAGGAGGUCAUUCAGGACCUGGCCUCCAUGGUGCGGGAACUGCUCAUCCAGUUCUACAAGUCAACCCGCUACAAGCCGACCAGGAUCAUUUUCUACAGGGAUGGAGUUUCAGAAGGCCAGUUCAGACAGGUGCUGUAUUAUGAGCUGCUGGCCAUUCGUGAGGCUUGCAUCAGCCUGGAGAAGGAGUACCAGCCAGGCAUCACCUACAUUGUUGUGCAAAAACGCCACCAUACACGCCUCUUCUGUGCCGACCGCAACGAGAGAGUUGGACGUAGUGGAAACAUUCCUGCUGGUACUACUGUGGAUACGGACAUCACGCAUCCCUACGAGUUUGACUUUUACCUCUGCAGUCACGCUGGAAUACAGGGCACCAGUCGGCCCUCCCAUUACCAUGUACUGUGGGACGACAAUUGUUUUACCGCUGACGAGUUCCAGCUGCUCACCUACCAGUUGUGCCACACUUAUGUGCGCUGUACCCGCUCAGUCUCCAUCCCUGCGCCAGCCUACUACGCCCACCUGGUGGCCUUCCGUGCCCGCUACCAUCUGGUGGACAAAGAACAUGACAGCGCUGAGGGCAGCCACGUGUCUGGUCAGAGUAACGGUCGGGACCCCCAGGCGCUGGCCAAAGCUGUUCAGAUUCACCACGACACCCUGAGGACCAUGUACUUCGCCUGAGCUACACCAACCCUCCCCAACCAUUGCCACCCUUUUACACAAACACGCAAACAGACACAAACAUGCACACCUGGCUCGCCAGUCAAGGAGUCCUCAUAUGUGCAAGUCCCCCCCCCCCACCACACACACACACACACACUCACGCCUAGUCAAUCCGGACCUGACACUGUGCAGAGGAAAGCAGGGAGGAGGGAGGGGAGGAGGCACCCCCACACUGGACUGAGGAUGCAAACGCUGCUUUAAAAACAAACAAGAGAGAAACUCAGCACUAUUAUGCAAUAUUAAACCAGCCAACCAGUUUAUUUUCGCCCUCAUCAGGCCCCCUUCUCAUCGCCCCUCCUAUCUGUUCUUCCCUGUUUGUAUCCUUUACUUGUGGCCUCGUGGGUGUUCCUUUUUUUUUUUGUACUUUCCCUUCCUUUGGCAAACUUAUAGUUUAUCAGUCUGCUCCUUUGCCAUCUGCAGUACCUCAAGUCAGUUGGAGCAGCAAAACUUUUACGUUCUGUUGACUCUCACCAGUGUUUGAAACGAGGGAGCAGAGAACGGAGUUUCCGACUCUGGAGUUGUUGUGUUGGUGUGUCAGUGGACCUGAGGUCCUCCCAGUUGCCACUUUUAUUUUUCCUUCUCCCUCUUGUUUCCUCUAUUCUGUCACUUUUUCACCAGUGUGUGAAAUCACCAGUUUCUUGCACGGAGCAACAUGUUCUUUUGAGCACACUGCCACCUGUUGGCGACGAGGUAUAAAUGCCCCUUUAAAGUCACAACACGGAGUUGUUGUCCUCUAAGUUUUCAGAUCAGUUUUGAUUCAUCUUUAGCAGUCAGCUGUCACAUUUAAACAGGGGCAAUUUAUAUUGGCUGAUAUAUCAAUCGCAGCCUUCUAUGGAUCUAUUUAAAGUAUAACACUGUUAUUUGAUUCUGGUUGUUAUUUUUCUUCUACAUUAUGUGAAACAUGUUAUGACUUUUUUUUUAAUCAUUUAAAAUCAUGUAAGCUUAUGUUUUUAAUCUUAGUCGUCGUCAUGCAUUCGUUUCCCUCAGUGCUUUAUCUCACUUUCCCUGUCUUGAGUUUGAGAUGGUGGGUAAAUAGAGAUCACGUCGAUGGUUUCCUCUAGUGCAAUAAUCAGUUGAACGAAGGGAAGUGGAUUUUAGGGGACUUAAUGGUUCAAACGAACAGUUAGACAUUUCAUUUGAGAGUGAGUGUCCUCGACAGGAGAACGGUUUGCCACUUGUUAGGCACUUUCAUGUAUUGCUCCUCUGUGAGACGAUUGAUUGGCAUGUUUUAUGAGUUUGCCCUUGCUGUUGGGCAUAAAUGGUGCAACUGCAGUUUUGGUGAUUUUCAUGUUUUUACUUGAAUUGAAAGAUUUUAUGCGCCUCUGUGGUUUGAGGAUACUUUAUCACCAAUGGGCAUAAUUUCAUAAUUCCUGAUCCUCAGUUUGCUAAUGAGGCUGAUUUUCUUAAUUCCUAAAAGGUUUUCGCCCCACAGCAGUUAAGUGGAGUGUAAAGGCCACAAAGAGGCUGUAUUCAAGUGCCUGGUGGAAGUGUUAAAAGCUGCAUAAGAUAUUUCAGUGGGGUGGAAUAAUCAAAAAGCAUAUUCCAAAACAUGGACAGCAUAAGAUGGUUUAAAGCAAGACAGUUUCACCCGAUGCCUCUUUUUCUCCCGACUUUUCUGUGCAUCUCAUUCAACUCAUGCUAAGAUGAAUAUAUUUAUUGUGUUAGCCUCCACAGCUGUUUUAGCUGUUGGCAUUGCUUCAGAGCAGCGUUCAAGCAAAGUAGGCCGAGUCGUCUUUUUUGCUUAAUCUUCAGACAUGGAUUCAGCUGCUACAGUGUGUUUGUAACUAAAAGGCUGGGUUCAUGGACACGGAGUCAACCUCGUCAACCAAUUGUCUCAAUAAUCUGUUUCUUUCAGUAGAAAUCCUGCAUCCAGGACGUGUUUAACUCCUGUCCAUGUAUCCGGCCCAAAGUUGUGACUGGCUUUAGAACAGCACUGAGGAGUGAAGUUAGUGACCAAUAUUUGCAGCAGACGUACAGCUGACUGUUGAUAUGAAAUGAUUGUAGUCACAUCUUGGCUCCUCUGCACAUCUGAAGCUCGUCUGGGGGGUGUUUUUAAAAGUUAUCUGCACUAAAAGAAGCUGUGUUUGGGGACUGAACACAGGUGUGGUGCUACUCUGAAUUAGAAUCUGAAACUGAACCUCUUUAUGAGACUCUAAAUGAGCAGGUGGGUAGGAAAGUAGUAAAUAAACGGUUAACCUCACUCACUUACGGACAGGAGAAGGCCCCACUGCUAUGACUGGUGCUGGAGAUUUAGGAUUUCCUUCUGUAGACAUGAUCAGCAUUGAGAAUCUGUUAACGGUACAGUGGCAGACGUCCCCUCGGACUGCGAGGUCUCACGUCAGGUCCUGCAUCAGCUGUUGCAUUUGACUGCUUUUCACAGGCGAGCCUUCCUGCGUAGAAGCCAGUGGGUUUGAGCCUUCAUAAUUUCACUAGUGUCUGAAAGCCUUUUUAAAAAGCCAGAUCGAAAGUAUAUUUGUACAUUUUAAAUUAUGUAAUGCACACCACUUAUUUUUGCUAACAGAAAAAAAUAGUCUAAUUAUUAAUCUUAGUAAUAAAUGUAUCAUGAUAAGUAAUGGUUAAAAAGGUAUAAUAACAAAGUUUUAUUAUUGCAAUAGACUGUUGACUUGUUCCUGUGUCACUGUAUAGUUUAUGUGUGAACAGUGGUUGGGUUGUUGAAACUAGUGGCGUGUUUGGACUGUCAUACUGUUAUUGAUCGGGAUGUGGACUUAAAACAGCCUCUUGCUUUGAUGUUUGGAGAAAAAAAAACGCAAGAUGUUGAAUGCUUAUUUCUCUCCUUUUUUGUGUCGAUGCACGCACAGUCGGAGGUUUGUUGUAGAGGAGAGAAACACGGGAAAGAGAAUAUUACAUACUGUACUCUGAACGGCUUUGUAUUAAGACGCUUUUGUGACGACAAACGGUAGAAUAGAAGAAGAGUCCACUGAUGUAUUGAGUUUCUGCUCUUGAAUGUUCGCUUCAACUGGUGCUGACGCCUGCUCCUUAUCAGGCGGGAGAGUGAAAAGGAAUGUGGUUAUGAAAGUUUUGAUCCAUUUCAAGGACAGGUGUGAUCAAAUAAUAUCGUCACAAGGGUAGUAGUUCUCUAUUCCUUUGUGUUAAAGCCUCGGGGGGAUUUACGUAGUAUUGCAACCUCUGUUGGUUUCCUCACAGACUCCUCUCCUUACACGAGCCACUUCAUGUGCUCGCAAACACAAAGAGUUACCCUGCCGGUAAAUCUGCGGUGUGACAAAGCCUGUAAUCUCAUUGUUGCUCUCUUUCCCCUUUGCUCCCGAACAUUUACUCCCCGGUGCCAGAGGACUACAUUCCUAGGCCGUACAAUCCCAUCCGAUCCCCCUGGGAGGCGUGAGAAAGAUUAGAGCUGAAGGACAAUAGUGUGGUCUGGUCUGUAAGAUACAGUGGGUUCUGUUUUUCAUUCAAGUAUGUGUGAUGUAGACAGGCGGAUCAACGCUAACUUUAUGUGGCAGGUUUUGUUGGAAGUCUAUAGGUUGAUUGCGAGAAUCCAUUUUUAACUCUAAGUGCUGACGGUAAUGGAUGUUCAGUUUGUGUAUAAACUCGACGGCAGUUGAACACAUGUUUACAUAGCAGAUGUGUUUGCCUCGCUUACAACUGAAAUGCCAUCAGCUCUGCUUUGCAAAUAUCAGCUAGUAGAGAAGUGACCUAACAUGAGCGAGACCAUUUGGGGCCUGUGGAAGUGCAGAACGCUCAAAGGGAUACAAAGACAAUAUUUAUCUGCUCAAUUUGUCCUCAGCAGACAUCUGUGAUACAAAGCAGGAGAACAGACUUGUUUUUCUUUCCAGUUCUAUUAAAAUGACUUGUUAGACGUGAUUGAAAUGAAAGGGUACACUCAGCUCACAGCUAGCUGUGGCCUUUGGCUCUCAAUUAGGAUCGCUAAUGAUACAGACAUGUCUUUUUAUGGAAGGAUCAAACAUCAAACCUGCAAAGUGACAACUGUCUGGUGAUGAAAAAUAGCUAAAUUAACUUGAAAAAGGUCAAUUUUCCCCUCUUUAAAUGGAAGUGAAGGUGUAUUCCAGUAAUCGAUAAGUAUCCCUGAUUUUGGUUAGUUUGCAGUGGAAGGUAGCAAUGGAGUGAGAAAAAGUCCACAGAAAGUGCCUUUCCUCUUGAUGGUGCUGUUAAAUUGAAAGAUAAAAUGGAAAAUCAAAAAAGCAGAAUCUCCUUGUCAAGAACACAUUGCAGUGCAGGAACAGCUGCAUUUACACACACACACUCACUGUUUGUUUCAUCGAGAGGGUAAUGCAAACUCAUGUUUCAUGUAUUUAGACAUUAAGCCUGCAUAGAAAUAGAAUACAUGCCAAGUUUAUGGUUGUGGUUGAGCUUUUUCGCUUCCUAGUGCAUUUAGUGUCUUGGACCAAUGGUGUCGUUGGUACAGUGGAAUGUGCGUCGGGGUGGGUGGGGGUGGUGGGGCGGUCUGGGGGUCAUAGCUGACACUAGCGUGGUGUAACACGGCCCAGCCCACGAAUGACAAACAUAGCACAGCACUUUAGAGACUGCCACUCUCACGCAGACACAUAGCCAAGAGGUUUUUAAUCUCUGUCCCUCCAGUCUUCCCCCGACGAGGAGGAGGAGGAGGAGGACAGGAUCCAAACCUCAGUGUAAACGAGGAGUUGAAGGGAUGUGUGUUACCAAACAAAGCAGUCGGUCGUUAAAAGUGUGCCUCAUGCUCUCGUGACUUUGUUGGUGGCUCGGUUGAGUCAGCCUGCUCUCGGGUGGUGGUUAUUCCCCUCUGGAGUUACCACUCGACACUUUGUUACAGCUAGGGCUGGGUGUCAAAACACGAUAUCAGUACCUCCCAGAUAUUGGCAACCUUUUGAUGCACCCCCAAAAAAAAAAAAAAAAAAAAAAAAAAAAAAACAGUCCAGAGGUUUUUACAAUUCUUGCACUGAGGAAUGUUUUCUUCUUGAAGGGCAUUUUUACUUAAGAAAGCAACACAAGUGGGAUAGAAAACUCCUUGAAAAAGCAUGAAUGACUGAAAAUAAUUUGCCUUUUAGUGAGCUCUCAUUCAAGUGUCAUUUUACAGCAGGUUUAGAGAUGAAAUAAACAGAACCAGUGUCAGUAUUUUCUCACGAUGCCCAGCCCUAGUAGCAGCUCAUGGCAUUCUUUCAUCUUAGUGCAAUGCCCUGCCGUGUGUCUUGUCCCCGAUGGAGGGAAUUUGUGCCCAGCAGUAUCCCUGUCUUGAGCCGGUAGGGUGUCGACUAAAAAAAAAAGAAAAAAAAGAAGAAAACCAAGGGUGGUCUGUAGUUCUGUGGGUACCUUUUCAGUCCAGGGGGUGAAAUCUUUCUAUUACAAGAGAUCUCAAAAGAAAAAAACAAAAAACACUGCACCUCACUUACCUUGGUAUGCUGCAUAUGUUAUACUACAUGAAAGAAAAACUGCAAAUUGCUUUUAUUAUGACAUAUAAUGCUUGAGUAAUGCCUGAUUGCGAUAUUCUUAUACGGUAACUAUUUUAGAGUCAAAAUAAGUAUAACUGUAAAAAAUAUUCUCUGUUUUGUCUUAACACUUAUCCGAUUUUGAAAAA